UCAUGACUGGUCACGUGUUCGCGCCUCGACAACUGUUUUGAUAGUUCGUUGCAGCAAGCAUUUGCGAAGAUUUACGUGGGAAUUCCCACAUGGCAUACUCGUUGCGCAGCGAAUAAUGAAAAAGUUGUUAUCGACUUGAAGACGAGCGUGUGUCGUGAGAGUACAAACUACGGAAAGUAUAGAUAUAUAUAUAUCGCAUGUGUAUAGUGGGCAUGCGUUGCGUUCCACAGGUGUCGAAUGAUUGUGAUUAGCGUUAUUUUGGCUGUGACAGCAUCGUUUUUAAUAUACACAUUGAUUAAAGUUAUUGACAAGAGACGGGAGAUAUUAAGCAUAAGUAUGGAGAGACAAUCAAGAUUAUCUUUGAAAAGAAACCGCUAUCAAGAGAAUGUCACAAAUAAGGUUUCAGAAUUAGUGGAGAUAUCAGAUGACGAGAGCUCUGAUUCAUUAACGAAUUUACAGUCAAAUAUAGAAGAAGUGAAUUGUGAAAGCACAACAAGUGGAAUGGCCUACAUUUCAAAUGCUGCGAAAGAUAGUUUAAAUCCUGUAUGCAGUUUGACACAUACGCAUGAUUUAUCAGAUGAUUUAAGUAGUAGCAAUGAUGAUGUUGUUGUGAUUGAUGUUCCGAAUACUCCUAAGAAUAAUGGAUCAAUGUUUAAUUGGAAGGACAGCUUUGCUAGUAUGUCAAAGAGUCAAAGUAGCAUGUCUUCCGUUCAAAUAUUGCAUGAUUCAAGACUUGAAAAGGAAAGAGAAAUGUCAACCAAAAAACAAAAACUGUUUGAUUUAACAAGUUCAUAUGAUGACGAUGAUGAUCUUGAUGUGAUGGGUUUGAACAAUAUCAAGGAAAAGGCUUCGCCACCUAAAGUUACGAUACAACAUGACAUAAUGAUUGCUGGAACUAAAGUCACGCUCCCUGUAAAGCCAUACCCGUGCCAGAAAGCAGUGAUGAAUAGUCUUAUCAAAGGAUGUGCGAAGGAAGAGCAUUGUCUCUUGGAAAGCCCUACUGGUAGCGGUAAGACUCUGGCUCUUCUCUGUGGAGCUUUAGCAUGGCAGCAGCAGUACAGUGAGAACUUGCAGAAAGAGGACAGCGGAAUAGAUGCGGCGAAUUCAUGCUCCUGCGAUGAGGAUUUAGACGAUAAUUUCUUCUUAAACUCAUCUCAAUACUUCGACGAAGAAUGGUGUGAUAAAGUUUUGCACAAAGCCAAAUCGCGGAAAGUUCCAAAAAUAUAUUAUGGAACACGAACGCACAGGCAAAUCGAGCAAGUAGUGAGAGAAUUGAAGAAGACCGUUUAUAAGCACAAAAGAAUGACUAUAUUGAGCAGCCGAAAAGUCACGUGCAUCCAAAAUACCAAUAGAAACAAGGACGAAUUGUGUCACGAGUUACUCGAUCCGUUAAAGUUAAACACAUGUCCAUAUUAUAAUGAACAAAGUAAGAAAAAAAUGAAUUGGUUUGGCGAGCUAGCAAGACCUUGGGAUGUAGAAGAUUUAGUUUCGUUGGGUAAAGAAAUCGGGACUUGUCCAUAUUUUGGCGCGAGAUCUUUAAUGGCCCAGGCGGAAAUCAUCUUUUGUCCUUACAAUUACAUCGUGGAUCCAAAAAUCCGCGAGAGCAUGCAGAUUAAUCUGAAAGGUGAUAUUGUAAUCCUCGACGAAGCCCAUAAUAUUGAAAAUAUUUGUCGAGACGCUGCCAGUGUGAUUUUGAGAGAUGAUGAAAUUGAGUGCGCUGUCGAUGAUUGCAAAGAUAUUUCGCGCAAAUUGAGCAGUCACAAUGGCGAGAUUUAUCUCACUAUUCAUAGAUAUCUCACUGAUAUCGUAAAAUUCCUGGAAACUAUUAAUGUUAAAGAGAAUGUCAAUUCUUAUUGGCUUGGUGCCGAAUUUUUGGCGUUGCUUGACAUGAAUAAUGUUGGAAGGUCGAGAUUUCCCGAUUUUCACAAUGCUAGCAAGAUGGCUAUUCAGGAUUUUGAGAAAGCGAAACAAGAGCAAUUGUCUCGUACUGAUAAAACAUUUCACAUUAUUUCGCGCGAGACUAAGAACAUUUUAGAGUAUCUCUGCUUCGCAAUACAGAUGCUCACAUCAGAUGUUUCUGUUAACGAUUAUAGAGUAUGUGUCAUAGAAAGUAUGGUACCGUCUAAGAAAAAAAUACCCGAAAAUACUUGGAUUUCGACGAAGAAGAAGAAGGGACCAGUACGAGUUAUGCAACUGUUAUGUAUGAAUCCCGCUAUAAUUUUCGCACCUUUGGCUCGCACCGUCCGCUCUGUGAUACUUGCUUCGGGUACUCUUACGCCGAUUACGUCGUUCCAAAGCGAACUUGGCACGAAAUUCUCGCAUAUAGUCAAUCCUGAUCACAUCAUAUCGAAGGACCAAGUAUAUGUGAGAUGUAUACCACGUGGGCCGAAUGGACAAACCUUGGUGGCUACUUUCCAAAAUGUGGCUGCCUAUAUUUUUCAGGACGAACUCGGUAGCCUGAUCCUUCAAGUGUGUGACGCAGUGCCACAUGGUGUGUUAUGUUUUUUCUCAUCUUACGCCGUAAUGAAUAAGCUAUUCAAUAGAUGGGAGACUAACGGCACAUGGAACAAACUCAGGGAAUUGAAACAAAUUUUCGUAGAACCGAGAAAUAAUGAAGAUCUGGCUGCUAUAAUGAAAGAUUAUCGCAAUGCAAUUCAGAAAUCAUCAUCUAAAUCCAUUAAUGAGGCAUCCGGAGCUAUUUUAUUCGCAGUUUUUAGAGGAAAAGUGGCGGAAGGAAUAGAUUUUAGUGAUAACGAGGCUCGAUGCGUACUAGUGGUCGGUAUACCGUAUAAAAAUCAAACCGAUAUAGCUGUCGAUAUGAAGAAAAAAUAUAAUGAUUCUAAUAAGUCUAAAGGAUUCUUGUCUGGUUCAGAAUGGUAUACUGUAGAUGCAUUUAGAGCAUUAAACCAGGCACUAGGCCGUUGUAUUAGGCACAAAGAUGAUUGGGGUGCAGUGUUACUGGUGGAUGAAAGGUAUCAGGAGCCACGUAGACUUAACUAUUUGCCAAAGUGGGUUAGAACAAAAUGGUUACAUGAUAGAAAUUAUGAUCUGCAAACGGAACUUGAAGAUUUUGUAGCGAUACAAGUCGCACGUGAAAGAGAAAAAAAAUGUGUCACAGCUGUGUAGAAGAUUGACUUUUCUUUAAAAAAAAAAAAAAAAAA